GAAGAGGAGUCACGUGGUGGUGGCGGCGGCGGCGGUAGCGGAGGCGACGUCGACGUCGACGACGGUUGAAGACGGCGGCGGCGGUUUGCGGCCGUGAGGAGAGACAGAUCCAGAAAAGAUUCUUGACUGACACGGGUUUCAUCAGCUCUGUUCCGCCAUGGGGGAGCUGUUCAGGAGCGAGGAGAUGACGCUGGCCCAACUAUUCCUGCAGUCAGAAGCUGCCUACUGCUGUGUCAGUGAGCUGGGAGAGCUGGGAAUGGUGCAAUUCCGAGAUCUGAAUCCAGAUGUCAAUGUGUUUCAGCGCAAAUUUGUGAAUGAAGUCCGCCGUUGUGAAGAAAUGGAUCGUAAACUCCGAUUCGUUGAAAAGGAAAUCCGAAAAGCUAAUAUUACCAUUCUCGACACAGGAGAAAACCCAGAGGUGCCUUUCCCUCGUGACAUGAUUGAAUUAGAGGCAUCCUUCGAAAAAUUGGAGAACGAGCUCAAAGAAAUCAACACAAACCAGGAGGCAUUGAAACGUAACUUCCUGGAGCUGACUGAGCUGAAAUGUAUCUUGCGUCGGACCCAGCAGUUCUUUGACGAGGCUGAAUUGCAUCAUCAGCAGAUGUCAGAUCCAGACCUGUUGGAGGAGUCCUCAUCGCUGCUGGAGCCAAGUGAAGUGGGACGAGGUGCUCCUCUCAGACUUGGCUUCGUGGCCGGAGUGAUAAAGCGAGAGAGGAUCCCGAUGUUCGAGCGGAUGCUGUGGCGAGUGUGCAGAGGGAACGUCUUUCUACGACAGGCUGAGAUCGAUAACCCCUUGGAGGACCCAGUGGAUGGCGGUCAAGUGGACAAGUCCGUCUUCAUCAUUUUCUUUCAAGGUGAUCAGCUUAAAAACCGCGUGAAGAAAAUCUGUGAAGGGUUCCGGGCCUCACUGUAUCCUUGCCCAGAAACUCCGCAGGAACGGAAGGAAAUGUUAGCGGGCGUCAACACAAGAAUCGACGACCUUCAAAUGGUCUUAAAUCAGACCGAGGAUCACCGUCAGAGGGUCUUGCAGACAGCCGCAAAGACUACCCGCGUUUGGUUCAUCAAAGUACGUAAAAUGAAGGCCAUCUACCACACCCUCAACCUCUGCAACAUUGACGUCACUCAGAAGUGCCUCAUUGCUGAGGUCUGGUGUCCAGUUACUGACCUCGACUCCAUCCAGUUUGCUCUCCGCAGAGGAACGGAACACAGUGGGUCCACAGUGCCGUCCAUCUUGAACAGGAUGCAAACCAGCCAGACUCCCCCAACUUACAACAAGACCAACAAAUUUACUUCUGGGUUUCAAAACAUAGUGGACGCGUACGGGAUUGGCACUUACAGGGAGAUCAACCCUGCUCCUUAUACGAUUAUAACCUUCCCCUUCCUCUUUGCUGUGAUGUUUGGGGACUUGGGUCACGGAACUCUGCUGACUGCGUUCGCUGUGUGGAUGGUUGUGAGAGAGAACCGUAUAUUGUCCCAGAAAAACGACAAUGAGAUGUUCAACACUGUCUUCCAUGGUCGCUAUAUUAUUUUGCUCAUGGGCAUAUUCUCUGUGUACACGGGAUUCAUCUACAAUGACUGCUUCUCGAAGACUCUCAACAUGUUUGGUUCGUCAUGGAGCGUAAGACCAAUGUUUCAGCCCAUAGGAAAUUGGAGCCACGAAACUCUUGAAACACAUAGGAACCUUCAGCUGGAUCCCGCUGUACCAAAGGUCUUCAAUGGACCAUAUCCAUUUGGAAUCGACCCUAUCUGGAAUAUCGCCUCAAACAAGCUGACCUUCCUCAACUCCUUCAAGAUGAAGAUGUCUGUGAUUUUGGGCGUGGUCCAGAUGGUCUUUGGGGUUUCGCUCAGUCUUCUGAAUCAUAUAUACUUUAAAAAGCCCCUGAACAUCUACUUCAGUUUCAUCCCUGAAAUGAUCUUCAUGCUAACGUUGUUUGGCUACCUUGUCAUCCUAAUCUUCUACAAAUGGUGUGCGUAUGAUGCUGCCAGGUCGAAGGAUGCUCCCAGCCUUCUCAUCCACUUCAUCAACAUGUUCCUCUUCAGCUACAACGACAAAUCCAUGAAGUAUCUUUACACUGGACAGAAAGGCCUGCAGUCGUUCUUGGUGGUCGUGGCUCUGCUCUGCGUCCCGUGUAUGCUGGUGGUCAAACCAUUGGUGCUACGUCAUCAAUAUUUGAGGAAGAAGCAUUUGGGUACACAUAACUUUGGUGGAAUAAGAGUUGGCAAUGGACCAACUGAAGAAGAUGCUGAGAUAAUCCAACAUGACCAGCUUGAUACCCAUUCAGAGGAUGGGGAAGAUCUUGCUGAGGAGGAAGUGUUUAACUUUGGCGAUGUUGCUGUGCAUCAGGCCAUCCACACGAUCGAAUACUGUUUGGGGUGCGUGUCUAACACAGCCUCCUACCUGCGGCUUUGGGCUCUCAGUCUGGCUCACGCCCAGCUCUCUGAGGUGCUGUGGAACAUGGUUUUGCGUCUCGGGCUGUCGAUCAACAGCUUGAUCGGAUCCGUGGCCGUCUUCUUCUUGUUUGCCAUCUUCGCUACGCUGACGAUUGCGAUCCUCCUCAUCAUGGAGGGUCUCUCUGCGUUCCUACACGCCCUUCGUUUGCACUGGGUGGAAUUCCAGAACAAAUUCUAUUCGGGAGCCGGCUACAAAUUUGUCCCGUUCUCCUUCGAAAGCAUUCUCGAAGGAAAGUUUGAAGAGUGAAGAAAGCUUUGACUCAAAUCUCUCUCUCUCUCUCUCUCUCUCUCUGUGUGUCUCUGUUUUUGUCAAAUGUCUGGACUUUGAUGUGCCCCUGGAUCAUGUGAUUUUUUUUUUACAAAUUGCUCUUUGCUUCUCAGCCUCAUCCGAAUCCUAACCUGACGUUGAUGUCAAUUCUGACGUUACUUUCUCCGCAUGCACUGAACGUAACCAAAACGUCACCCCACGUAAAUCAAAGUCUAGUUGUAAAGUGUGUGUCCGUUCAUUGUGGCUUAACUCUUGCCCUCCAUUCCCAAUGUUCCCUUUGGUGGUUUUUCUGCAGUGCAGUUGUCUGUGUGUGUGUGUGUGUGUGUGUGUGUGCGUGUAUAUUGUGUGGUGUGUAAUGUUCAUGUAUUUAAUCUGUGGCUUUGUCUCAGGAAGUAUUAUACUGUGGCAGUCAUCUCCCGAGAAUGUUCCCUGUUGGUCAAAAUUAGUGUGUGUGUGUGUGUGCCCAGUGUCUGAUUUGUAGAGACUCAGUGUAGAUUUGUAGCUAAUUCUAGUGAAUUUAUUUAUUUAUAGGAUGUUGGGACGAUCGGGGUGGGGAGGGGGUGGGAAUGAGAGAAGAAAAGCAAAGAGACAAACAGAAGAGGGGAGGAAAAAAACACAAAAGUCCUUUUUGCUUGAGAAAAUGCACUGUAUUGGAAAGUCCUGAAAGCUGGCAAUGGGUGACUGGGGUGGGGCGGGGUGGGGGUGGGGGGCGGUAGACCGAGCAAAGCAAAAACCGAUGGUAAUCCCAGUACCGAACACGGAUGACAGCAGAGUCUCUAUAUUUCUGCCUCCGUCCCAAUACAUUAUUUAUAUACAUUUUCUGUGUUCUUUGUGGUCCUAAAAAGGGAAACCAAGGGAUAGUUUGUUCAAACACUGCAUUGUUACUGGAAUGUGUAUGCAGCUUCUCUUUCCA